UUCUUCUUUAUGCCUAUAAAAGGAUCACCAUAUUUAGUUCAAAAUCACUCCCCAACUCUCUCUCUCUCUCUAGAAGUGUAAAGAAACAAAGAAAAAGUUAUGGGUGAAGCAAUGGAGUUCUUUCCUUACAACAAUGGCUUCUCAAAAUUAGCUCUCUAUGAAACCAAACACGUAGUGAUUGAGAAACAAAAUCACGAUGAAAUUGAUGAAGAUUCUUGGUUUGAAGAAGAGAUCGAUGUUGAUCUCAAGUGGUCUUUCUCUCUCAAUAGAGUGCUGCACAAAGGAACUAGUGAAUACCAAGACAUAGCUCUACUUGACACAAAGCAUUUUGGCAAGGUUUUGGUGAUUGAUGGGAAGAUGCAGAGUGCAGAAUUCGAUGAAUUUAUUUAUCAUGAAUGUUUGAUUCAUCCACCUCUCUUAUGUCACCCCAACCCGAAAACGGUGUUCAUAAUGGGCGGAGGCGAAGGGUCCGCCGCGAGGGAGGCGCUCCGGCACAGAUCGGUCGAGAAAGUUGUGAUGUGCGAUAUUGAUCAGGAGGUUGUGGAUUUCUGUAAAACACAUCUCACAGCAAAUCACGAGGCUUUUCGAAAUAUGAAGCUUGAUUUAGUGAUUAAUGAUGCUAAGGCUGAAUUGGAAGAUAGGCAAGAAAAAUUUGAUGUUAUAGUGGGAGAUUUGGCAGAUCCAGUUGAAGGAGGGCCUUGCUACCAACUAUAUACUAAGUCUUUCUAUGAAGACAUAUUGAAGCCCAAGCUCAACAGUAAGGGCAUUUUCGUAACUCAGGCUGGACCGGCAGGGGUGUUCACUCACAAGGAGGUGUUCUCAUCAAUAUACAACACUAUAAAACAAGUUUUCAAGUAUGUUCGUGCCUACACGGCUCACGUGCCAUCAUUUGCCGACACGUGGGGAUGGGUCAUUGCCUCGGAUUAUCCACUCUGCAUCGAGGCCGGGAAAAUGGACAAGAAAAUAGGGGAAAGGAUCGACGGAGAGCUCUUGUACUUGAACGGGGCCUCGUUCGUUGCCUCCACCAUCUUAAAUAAGACGGUUGCAAAAACGUUGAAGAACGAGACUCAUGUGUAUGCUGAGGAUAACGCGAGGUUCAUCCACGGCCAGGGCAUCGCCUAUCGGAUUUGAAUAAGAAGACCUUGUUUAUGUAUAGACGGAAUGGGAGAAGAAGAUGAAGAAGAAAGGAAAGACAGAAACUUUCAAAGUAGAAAUGAGAAGAGAAUUCUUUAGGAAAAAAACCUUGUCUAAAACUAGAAUUGUUAGAAGCUAUUGUGUUUUAGACACUACUUGUUUGCUAGGGUGAUGCUUCUCUCUCUUAGGUUGUUGGACUAUUUCAUGUAAUGCUCCUCCAUCAAUUAAAGCUUUCAGUUAUUGUCUUAUCA